AUGUCUUCUGCAGUCGUACCUAAGCUCUUUCAGCCAACCAGAGUGGGAUCAUACACUCUGUCCCACCGGGUAGUACUAGCACCUCUUACCCGAUGUCGUGCGAACAAGGCGCAUGUACAUGGUGAUCUAGCAGUAGAAUACUACGCACAGCGCGCAUCCGUGCCCGGUACGCUGCUGAUUACGGAGGCCACUUUUAUUGCCGCCAAAGCAGGAGGGUACGAUUAUGUUCCAGGUAUCUGGAACGACGAACAAGUCGCGGCCUGGAGACGCGUUACGGACGCCGUUCAUGCCAACGGAUCCCGUAUCUUCUGCCAACUGUGGGCCCUCGGCAGGGCUGCGACUCCCUCUGUACUAGCGAAGGAUGGCUUUGAUGUCCACUCUGCAUCUGACAUCCCCAUAGGCGACGGGAAGGCAAAGCCCCGCCCAUUGACCGUCCCAGAAAUUGAGGAAUACAUUCAGCUGUACACCACGGCUGCAAUCAACUCCAUUCGCGCGGGCUUUGACGGCGUCGAGGUGCACGGGGCGAACGGCUAUCUCAUCGACCAGUUCCUCCAGGACGUGAGCAACAAGCGUACAGAUGAAUACGGCGGCUCUGUAGAGAAUCGCUGCCGCUUCGGGCUUGACGUCAUCAACUCUGUGGUGAACGCUGUCGGUGCUACCAAAGUUGGCAUCCGUCUGAGCCCUUGGGGGGAUUUCCAGAGCAUGCGAAUGGAAGACCCGAAACCCACGUUCUCUUACUUUGUGUCGCGUAUUGCCGAAUCGCACCCCGAGUUCGCGUAUGUGCACCUCGUUGAGCCGCGUGUCUCAGGCGGCACGGACCGCACGGUGCUUGCGCACGAGUCGAACGACUUCCUGCGCACGAUUUGGGCGCCGCGUCUGCUCAUUUCAGCCGGGGGCUUCACGCGAGACACGGCAUUAGAGGCGUCCGAGAAGACCGGCGAACUAGUCGCAUUCGGCAGGUUGUUCAUCUCCAAUCCCGAUUUGCCGCUGCGUCUCGCGAAGAACCUGCCCAUAGUCAGAGGUGAUCGCAACACAUACUACGUGCCCGACUCACCAAAAGGAUACACCGACUAUCCCUUCGUAGACGAUGCGGCCGCAAGGCUGUAG